AUGCCCUUCUUGGAGGCGUCGUCGCUUGAGAACCAACUCAUCGUGCUCCGGUAUAGCUGGUCCUUCGGCCAGGGUGAUGAAUACAAGCAGACUGAAGCAACUAUUGAAGAUCCAGGUUCUGGUGAUAACAACACACUACAAGGCACAAAUGAUACAAAAAAUAAGGUGCAGAAUGCAGUCACAACGACAGGCCCUGCUUCAAAUGAAACUGAAGGGGCACAGAACACACGUGUUGUUGCAGAAGUAAGGACAAAAGAUACAAUUCCAGAGGAGAUCAGCGCCAUAGGAAGCAUUGAAGACGCAAAAGGAGCUGAUCAUCAUCAUGAAGGGACAACCGUACAUAGCACAUAUAAUGUUGAUGAUAGCGCCUAUCAACAUACUCUGACAGAUACCACUUCACUCAAAUUGAGCUUGGUUGCCUCCACCAGCAGUAUUCGAGAGAGCAAGCAUGAAGAAACAAGUGCAGACAUUACUUCACACAAGACAAAUGCAACGGACACCACUGAUAAUAUUGUUGAACAGAAGAACGGGGAGCAUGUUGUGGACCCAACUACUGAUAUCAGGAUUCAAUGCAGAUGCAGCCUAGGUGAUUUUGAAGGCAAGAAGCAGAGGGAAGCAAUUACGGAAGAUCCAAGUUCUGGUGAAAACGACGCACUACAAGGCACCAAUGGUACAGAAAAUAAGGAGCAGCAUGCAGACACCACCACAGGCCCUGCUUCGGAAGAAACCAAAGUGGCACAGAGUACAAAUGUCGUUGUCGAAGAAAGGGUGAAAGAAACAACCUCAGAAGACAUCAGCGCCAUAAAAAAUGCAGAAGAUGCAAAAGGAGCUGAUCAAAGUGAAGCUGCAGAAUAUCCAAGGUCUGGUGAAAACAACAUGCUACCAGGCAAAGUGGCACAGAACACAAAUGCUGUCGUCAAAGGAAGAGCGAUCGAAGCAACAUCGGAGAAGAUCAGUACCAUAAAAAGCUCUGAAGGUGCAAAUGGGGCUGAUCAGAGUAAAGAACCUACAGAAUAUUCAAGGUCUGGUGAAAACAACAUGCUACCAGGCGAAGUUGCACGGAACACAAAUGUUGUUGUCAAAGGAAGGGCGAAAGAAACAACCUCAGGACAGAUUAGCACCAAAAAAGGCACUAAAGAUGCAAAAGAAUCUGGUCAGAGUAAAGCAACUACAAAAGAGCCCAAGUCUGCUGAAAAUUACAUGCUACCAGGUGAAAUGGCACAGAGCACAAAUGUGACAACCUCAGUGGAGACUGGCACCAUAAAAAGCACCAAAGAUGCAAAAGAAGCUGAUCGGAGUAAAGCAACUACAAAAAAUCCAAGGUCUGGUGAAAACAACAUGCUAUCAGACACAGAUGGUGAAGACAAUAAAGAUCAAAAUGCUGACACUACCAAAGGCUCAGCUUCAGAUGAAAAUAAAGCGGCACGGACUACAGAUGUUGAAGGACGGAAGGAAGGUACAACCACUGGCGCAAAAGGAGCUGAGCAGAAUGAUGAUGAGAUCACUGCCACUGUGCGGAUACGUUCUACUUUGCGGGAGCUCUUCAACAGUGAGAACAUGGAAUCCAGAGUGAACAUGGAUGAUGAGGACAUUGGGAGCCUUAACAGUGAGGACCUGAAAUCCACAGUGUGGAGGGGCGAUGCGAACCGACAGUGA